AUGUGUGACGACGAAGUUGCCGCUCUUGUGGUCGACAAUGGCUCCGGAAUGUGCAAGGUACUGAUUAUUUUCCUACUGCUUCUCUCGAAUUUCCUGGAUUUUCUCUGAACUUGGAGCAUUUUAACAAAAAAAAAAAACAAGUUUUCUGGAUUUUCUGAAAACUCUUAUUUUUUCGAAUUCUUUUUCCACUUUCUCAAAACUUUUUCUUAAUUUCGCUGCGAAAAAACUAAUUUUUUUUUUGGUUGCUCCUUUUUUUCAGAGAAUUCUAGAACUUUCGAAAAAUCUAAAAACAGCGCGCCGCUUUUGUUUCCGAAAGUGCAAUGAGUCAUCGGCCAUCUGCCAUCUUUUCUCAAACGCUCGCCUCUUUUUUUUUCGAGUUUGCACCUUUCCUCCUUGGAAUCGAUUUUGUAAGCGCAUGGGAUAAAUCACAAUGAAUGUUUUUUGCAAAAAACCUUUUCUCGGUCAAAAAUCAGGCUUUUCGAACUAAUAUUAAAUCUCAAAAUAACAUGGUUUUGUUGUUUUGAAAAUUAUAGUGUAAUCAGAAAAAAAGUUUCCAGAUAAUUUUCAGUAAGAAGUUUUUCGAGCUUUUUGGAAAAAAGAUACUUUCGAAAUUUGAGUGAAAGAUUGCUAUCUAGAUUUUUAAGGGAAUCAAUUCUAAAACGCUCGAAAGCACGUUAAUUCCAUGAAAACGGUGUCAAAUUCGUUUUGGGCCUUUUUUGUUCUCACGCCUGUGAAAGCUUUCAGACAUUUUAAACCUAUUAUUUUUUCGCUUCGAAAUUUUGUAACUUUAUUGUGAGAAUCCCAAAUAACGCAAAGCUUUACAACAAACUUGGGAAAAAGUUGGCAGUCGAAAAAGUUUGGUGACACGGCUCGUAGCCAACGGAUAUUACGCCGCGACCGUGUGGGUGGAUGGGAGAUCUUAGGCCGGCGCGUAGUGUAAAGUGUGCACCUCGGCGGCUUGUCACUUCAGCGAUCUGCGGCCGGAGAGCACCCUCGACCUUCGCGCAUAAACAAUACAGUGCUAAGCUAGUGCGUAAUCUGUGGACAACGCUGAGCAAGUAGUAAAGUUGUGCAGUAACACGAAACAUCAAAAAUUCUAAUUUUUGGAAAAAUUUUCGAAGAUCUGAAGGAGCAAAACGUUUUAAAAUAUACUUUGAUUCAAUCAAUCUCAAUGUAAAAAGUUAAAGCUUGAACUUUUCGAAAAAGGAACCUGUUUUCGCUUGAAUAAUCCAACUCCAGCAGAAAACAUUCCGGAUCUAUUUUCAUCUCAGAAAAAAAAGUCAGCGUUAAAAGAAAAUUUUAUAAUUCGGUGUCUGAAAAAGGCCAUUUGUGAAAAUUUCGAUUAUUUUUAAGAAAGUUAAUCAUCUCAGAGGCGAUACCUAGUUACUCAGCAAAUUUCGAUCAUGAGAACUGUAUGAAUACAGUCAAGAGAUUACCUCCAAAAAGGUUCUAAUUUUAAAACCACUUGAAAAAUUUAUGGUUGUAGGAGACCUAAUCUCAGACGCUCCUUCUUUUUCUCAAUCCUCUACGCUAUCUCCAACAAAGUCAAGUAGCCUUUUUGCCCUGUUCCUCGGACCGUUCGAGAAGAUUUUUGCGAAGCCCUCAGCAACUAAUUGCAAGGGAACGCCUCGUUCCUCUACACAACAUCAAUUAUCCUCAGACAUAGGGGCCACUGUCGAACAAUGAGGACAUCUUGAAUAGUUAGCCAAUUUGCUGGACGUCAUGUCCCUUGAAAGCUGCUCAAGCCAUUGGUGGACCAAUAUGUUAGAAAAAUGAAGGUUUUCGAAACUGAGGUCAUAUUUUCUCAAUAAAACUGGUCUCGCCUCUUUUUGAACAAAAACUGUGGAACUUUCAGUCAAAAUUUUAGAGCUUAUCGACCUCUUAAGGGCUCAUAGGGAAAGUAUAACUUUUAACUUCAAAACUCCGAGUUUGGAAACCACUUUUUCUUCUUUUUUUUUUGCUUUGCUAAGAAGAACCAGAGCCACAACCCGCUUUAAGUCAAGAGGCAACCGAUUGUUGCUAAAAGCGGCUAGGAUGAGAUAUAUUCGCGGCGCAAAUCUCCUUUGUGGUUGAGAGGUGCCGGUAACGCAGGCGGAGGCGAGUGAGGGCCGCUGUCAAGGCCGCUCUUCUCCUUGACCAAAAGACCUCAGAAAAAAGAAGAGCGCGAGGCUUGGGAGGCAGGAGAACGUCUUUUUUCCGAUCACUGCCUCCGUCUCGUCAUAUUUGGCGGAUCGGCUCCCUCUGUUCGAUGCGAAUCUGUUGUGACGUGUGGGGGAUCUGACCUGGUGAUCAGACUUGGAUCUGUUGAUUGGCAGAAUAUCUUACGAAAGGGUAUAUGACCUCGGAAAAAAGUUUGGCGCUCCGUUUCCGUCUGGAGGUCAUCUGGCAUAUGUGCCUCUUUUUGUCUGAGAUUUCUAGCUAUUUAUCAGGCAGGGAUAUACUGAGUCAAAAAGGAAUUUUUUCGAUUUUUAGAAAUUAGAAAAAAAUUUGAAAAUCGAUGCCGUUGUUUAGUUUUUGAGAAAAAUCAUAAUUUCAAAAAUUGCCUUUUUUGAGUUGCAGAUCCCAUAAGAGGAAAUUUUCGAAAACAGAUUUUUGCACUUAUUUUCGAUUAUUCGAAUUUUUCUUUCAAAAAAACCGCCGCGCUUUCCCCAAUAGUUGAUGAGGACCAUCAAGCCAAGCGGCAGGAGGGAACGCGUGUUUGCUCUGCACUCGCGGCGUGGCUGUAGCAUUUCUUGGGAAAUGCCUUGAGCCCAUCUUGGCUUUCCUCCUCAGCCGCCGCACUCGCGUUUGACUGCAAAUACAAAAGGUUGGCGGCCAAGUCUUUUCUGAAAAACGUAGUAGCAGCUUCGAACCGAACCGCGAUCGAGGGACCAGAUCCUUGCCACAUAUGUUAUUUGAGCGAAUUAAAUGGCCGCCGAUGAUGCACAGAUGGCUGCUCCUUCGCACCCAUCGUUUAGAUGCUGAGUUGACAUGUGAAACCCUCUUAAGACAGGCUUUUCACAUAGAUUAUUUGCAUAAUGCGGUUAACCAUUCGCGGAUUUGAGCUUGUUAGAGGCGAGAAAUUGCAUUGGGUCGGAAUAUCACAUCUAGUUAAGAAUUGAUAGCCGAUUUUUGUUAAACGCGAAAAAAAUUUUUUCAGUACAUAAUCGUACCAAUUUCUCCAUUAAAAUCUUAUCCUGUCAAUUUUUCAGGCCGGAUUCGCCGGAGACGAUGCUCCGCGCGCCGUCUUCCCGUCCAUCGUUGGACGCCCUCGUCACCAGGGUGUCAUGGUUGGUAUGGGACAGAAGGACUCGUACGUCGGAGACGAAGCUCAAUCCAAGAGAGGUACUGCUCUUGAAAACUCGGGUCAAAAAUAUCUUCAUAAAAUUCAGGUAUCCUCACCUUGAAGUACCCGAUUGAGCACGGAAUCGUCACCAACUGGGACGACAUGGAGAAGAUCUGGCACCACACCUUCUACAACGAGCUCCGUGUUGCUCCGGAAGAGCACCCAGUGCUCCUCACCGAGGCUCCUCUCAACCCCAAGGCUAACCGUGAAAAGAUGACCCAGGUUCGUGGAAGUUUUCUUAAAAAAAUCUGAGACUUUUUGUGUGAAGAUCGGCUAAAUUCCUCUCAUUUAGAUUUUAUUACCCAGCUUCAAAUUUUCUUCAAUAAAUCUGAAAGAAUCAAAUCAAAAUUUUAAGAAACAAGAUUCAACAAAGGAAAAAAUUUGAAAACUAUCAAUAUUCAAAUUUGAAAAAGGCGAUUUUCAGAUCAUGUUCGAAACCUUCAACACCCCCGCCAUGUACGUCGCCAUCCAGGCCGUCCUCUCCCUCUACGCUUCCGGCCGUACCACCGGUGUCGUCCUCGACUCCGGAGAUGGUGUCACCCACACCGUCCCCAUCUACGAAGGUUACGCUCUUCCCCACGCCAUCCUCCGUCUCGACUUGGCCGGCCGUGACUUGACCGACUACUUGAUGAAGAUCCUUACCGAGCGUGGUUACUCGUUCACCACCACCGCUGAGCGUGAAAUCGUCCGUGACAUCAAGGAGAAGCUCUGCUACGUCGCUCUCGACUUCGAGCAGGAGAUGGCCACCGCCGCCUCCUCUUCUUCUCUCGAGAAGUCGUACGAACUUCCUGACGGACAGGUCAUCACCGUCGGAAACGAGCGCUUCCGUUGCCCGGAGGCCAUGUUCCAGCCCUCGUUCUUGGGUAUGGAGUCUGCUGGCAUCCACGAGACCUCGUACAACUCCAUCAUGAAGUGCGACAUCGACAUCCGUAAGGACUUGUACGCCAACACCGUCCUCUCCGGAGGUACCACCAUGUACCCUGGUAUCGCUGAUCGCAUGCAGAAGGAGAUCACUGCUCUCGCUCCCAGGUUCGAAGCCAUCUUAAACUUAAACUUUCAUUCAACCUUCACAGUUCCUUAAAAAAUUCUAAGAUCUAGCGCUGAAUUUUUCGGACUCAUAAAAAAUCAUCUAAAACUUAAGCGAGAACUUUUGAGCAGACAAACUGAAAUUGAAAAAAAAAAAAAAGAUGGUUUUUAAAUGAUUUUUUUCCAGCACCAUGAAGAUCAAGAUCAUCGCUCCCCUGAGCGCAAGUACUCCGUCUGGAUCGGAGGAUCCAUCCUCGCCUCGCUCUCCACCUUCCAGCAGAUGUGGAUCUCCAAGCAGGAGUACGACGAGUCCGGCCCAUCCAUCGUCCACCGCAAGUGCUUCUAA